GCACCAGAGCACUGAGGCAACUCGGCUCCUCUCUUCUCCCUCUCCAGUUGCAACAACUGAGUUCCCCAACGCUAAUUUCUGCGCGCACAGAAUUAGCGUGAGCAGGCCUCCGAAACCUUGCUCGCCUUGAGAUCCUGCACGGGAUAGGCGGGCAAUCAGGUUUUUGGGUAACGCUUUAGCGUGACUACUCAAAAAUACUAAGGCUUUGCCCGAUUGUACGACUACUUCCUGGUGGACGAGCCGAACGACUACGUCGACUACAUUCUGGUGGCCGAACGACUACGUCGACUACAUCUUGGUGACCGUUCACGGGACUGCACUGCGAACUUCUUCCUGCACCGAUUUAGUUCGACUACUUCGACUGAGGCCAACCGAGUAGAUGUCUACUCCAGUUGGUAACAGCGCAGCCAAUGCCUCCGGCAACGGCCCCGCUUCAGGGCUUUCGGUAUCUAGCUUUGCUGCAUCAAUCAAACCAUCACCUUUUGAUGGUUCAAAUUACAAACGUUGGCAAGAGCGGCUUAUACUGUGGUUAACACUAUCGAGAGUGAUCCAUGUGAAAGAGGGUAAGCCUGAACAAUUCUCUCCAGAGGAAGGGAGUGCGUUCGAUGAGGCUGAUAUCCUCUUUCGAGGCUUGAUCAUUAGUGUUCUCAGUGAUAACCUGGUGGAUUCUUAUAUCCGGCUGCCAACUGGCAAAGCAUUGUGGGAUGCUCUUGAGGCUCAAUAUGGAGUAUCUGACGCCGGGAGUGAGUUGUAUAUCAUGGAGCAGUUCCUUGAGUACAGGAUGGUCGAAGACCGUUCUGUAGUGGAACAGGCUCAUGAAAUACAUACUCUGGCAAAAGAUCUCAAAAAUUGCAGCAAAGAGUCCCCAUGUGUGUUACCCAAUAAGUUUGUGGCUGGAGGUAUAAUCUCUAAGCUGCCACCUUCUUGGAGGGACUUUGCUACUUCUCUAAAACACAAGAGACAGGAGUUCACAAUAGAUGGACUCAUAGGGACUCUUGAUGUUGAGGAGAAGGUGAGAGCAAAGGACAUACGUGGGAAAGGAGUUGUUGGUGCUUCAAGUGCCAAUCUUGUUCAGAAGAACAACUCCCACAAGAACAAGAAAAAGCCACCGCAGAACCAACCAAAGACUAAGAAGACAACCACUUUUAAGAAGAAGAAGAAGACGGGAGCUUGCUAUGUGUGCGCUAGUACGGAUCACUUUGCUGCAAAGUGUCCGAACCGCAAAGGCAACGACUCCGCCAACAUGGUUAUUAGCGAGCCUGGAGGAACAUCGGGACCGGCGGGACUUCCUCCUUGCUGAUGGGGAACGGAUCACAUGCGCGUGUUCUUGGUGUUGGUACGGUAAAUCUGAAGUUUACUUCGGGGAAGACCGUGCAGCUGAAGAACGUACAGCAUGUCCCCACCAUCAAGAAGAAUUUAGUCAGCGGCUCUCUACUGUGUAGAGAUGGUUUCAAAUUAGUCUUUGAGUCCAAUAAAUGUAUCUUGUCUAAGUUUGGUACUUUUGUUGGAAAAGGUUAUGAAAGCGGAGGCUUGUUCCGUCUUUCUUUGUCAGAUGAUUGUAAUAAAAUUGCAUACAAUGUU